AUGAAGCUCGAGCUCUGUUUUUCUCUCAUCUUUGCUCUUCUUACUAAUGCACAUUCUGGAGAUGACCACGGCGCUCCAAAGAUCGUGGGAGCACGGCAAUUUCUCUCUGAAAUUAAAUCGCGGUCAAAUCUUUUGAAAUCCACAGACAUCACAACAGUACAUCGAUCUAGUGUUAAACGACAGACCUCUGACGGACGCUGUGGACCAGGCCUAGGCUCCUGCACGAAUUGCUGCUCACCUGAUGGCUAUUGCGGAACUGGACCAGACUAUUGCACCUCUCCCGAUUGCCAGUAUAAAUAUGGCCCUCAAUGUGACGCCAAUGUUAAGCCUGCCGGAUCUUCAACAGCUAAUAUUCCGCGUCCUCACAUCGGAUCUGUUCCAUAUGGCGGUGCUGGGAUAUACGAUUGCGUCACACCAGGGACUGUCGCAGUAACGUUUGAUGAUGGACCUUAUCUAUACACGGCUGAUGUCUUGGAUAAAUUCAAACGAUACAACGCGAAAGCCACCUUUUUCAUUACUGGAAAUAACCUUAACAAAGGGCCAAUUGACGUCACUCCAGCGUGGAGUAAUGUGAUUAAGCGAAUGGUUUCUGAAGGACACCAAGUUGCAUCUCACACUUGGUCACACCAAAGUCUAGACAAAGUUGAUUCUGAAACAUUCCAGAAUCAGAUAAUUUAUAAUGAAAUGGCGUUCCGGAACAUUCUCGGCUACUUCCCGACAUACAUGAGACCACCAUAUUCCCAAUGUGCCGAGGAUAACUGCGGAUCUAAAAUGAGCAGGCUCGGAUAUCAUGUAGUUUACUUUGACGUUGAUACAGCUGGUUAUCUGAAUGAUGAUGCAUCACUGAUUCAAAAGUCUAAGAACAUUUGGGACAAAGCUAUUGCUGGAGUCAAACCUAGCACCGACUCUCUUCUUGAGAUCGAACACGAUAUACACUAUCAAACUGCUUACAAUCUCACAGAUUAUAUAUUGCAAUCUAUGUAUUCAAAGGGAUUCAAAUCUGUUACGAUUGGUGAAUGCCUUGGAGACCCAGCUGCCAAUUGGUAUCGUUCGGGUAAUAAUUCUCGUUUUUAA